AUGAAUCAUUACAGCUUCGACGGCGUUGAUCUGGACUGGGGUUACCCCCAGGCCGACGAUAGAGGAGGUGUCACGGCCGAUACGGAAAAUUAUGUUUCUCUUGUGACAGAGUUGCGAGCUGCUCUUGGUCAUUAUAUCAACUCGCAUACAAAUGUCACUGAGAUUGAUAUGGGCCUGGAUUUGCUUUGGCGUGCUGGUGUUGAGCCUGCGCAAGUUAACUUGGGACUCAUAUGGUAUGGCAGAAGCUUUACACUUUCUGGCCCAUCGUGCAGCACCCCAAAUGGACGGGAUCAUGGAUCUGAAGAGAUCGAAAACAUCAUCUCAACGAACAGCCUCACACCCGUUUGGGAUAAAACAGCCGCUGUCAAAUGGAUAACUUGGGACAGCAACCAAUGGGUGAGCUAUGACGGCGAUGAUACUUUCCAACAAAAGAGAACAUUUGCAAACUCGCGACACCUCGGAGGUACUAUGACCGCUGAUAACGGGCUCGCAGCCGCUCCCGGUAUCACAACUCAAAAUCAAGCCGAUGCUAAACAGAUGAGCGACAAUCUGGCAGCAGGAGUUACCUGCUAUAUUACCGACUGCAACGUCGAUUGAAAAACGGGUACAAACGAAGUGACACAAAUGGAUGGACAGCCAAAUCAAAUAUCC